GAUUCGAAACUCUACUUCCCCAGCAAAAACCCUGUAACAAAGCCCUCAGUAGUCAGUACCCGGCAUCCAUGGCUAUGGAUAUAGAUUCAACGAAACCGACUCAAAUAAAAGACAAAGACCUCUUCAAGGCCGCUGAAUCGGGUAAUUCUGAGCUCUUCAAGUCCCUCUCUGAUGACCAGCUUCUCAGAGCCCUCGCUCUCCGCAACGAAGAUUACCGCUCUCUUCUUCACGUCGCUGUCUCUUCCGCUCACACCGAGGUGGUAAAGAUAUUGGCUGCUGCUGACUCUUCAAUUAGCGGUAUAAACAGUGGAGAUGAAGAAGGUUGGGUGCCACUGCACUCUGCAGCAAGUAGUGGGAAUAUAGAAAUUGUGGAGAUUUUGCUCAGCAGAGGAGCUAAUGUUAAUGCUAAAAAUGAUGGCGGUCGAACUGCUCUGCACUAUGCUGCAAGCAAAGGUCACUUGAGAGUAGCUGAAAUUCUGAUUUCACAUGGUGCAAAGAUCAAUGCAAAAGACAAGGUUGGAUGCACCCCAUUGCAUCGGGCAGCUAGCACAGGGAAAUCUGAUUUGUGUGAGCUCUUAAUUGAGGAGGGUGCAGAAGUAGACGAAGUGGAUAGAGCAGGCCAGACUCCUCUCAUGAAUGCAGUCAUAUGCCACAAUAGAGAUGUGGCUCUGCUUCUCAUAAGACAUGGAGCAAGUGUUGAUGCUGAGGACAAGGAAGGCUACACUGUUCUUGGCCGAGCUUCAGAUGAUAUUCGGCCUGCAUUAGUUGAUGCUGCUAAAACCAUGCUUGAAGGCUGAACUCCAAGAAGUACACAAACUAAUACACAGGGGCAAGUCAUCUCUGUAUAUGACGAUAAUCAGCACACAAGUGUAACUGUGUUAAGAGCUUACUAAGACUCGUAACCAUAUUGUUGUCUUUAAGCUCAAUUGACAACCAUCAUUUUGAUGACCGGUGUUUGAUAUUGAAACUUGUUCUCACUAUUUCCAAACUACUGUUUUUGCCUUAAAUUGAGGUUUUCUUUUUUGGCUCUUCAAA